CGAGAUCUUAAUGUGACGUAAUCAACAGUCGACGGUAAUAGUGUUGUUUUUGAACGGGAUGCAGUCAUUUUCAUAAAUUGUACAUAUGUUUAAACGAUGUAUUAGGAGUGCUUUUUUGUUAAAUUCCUGAAUACGAUGGCCAAUCAAAGAGCGCUCCCGCAAAGCAAGGAGAGCCUUCUCCAGAACUACAACAAAAGACUGAAAGAUGAUAUCAGGUCCAUUCUAGACAACCUCACGGAAAUCAUAAAAACGGCAAAGGUAGAGGAAGAGACCCAGGUUUCUCGCGCUACACAGGCUGAACAGGACCACUAUGAGAUGCACGUCAGAGCAGCCAACAUCGUGCGUGCAGGUGAGUCCCUAAUGAAGCUGGUGUCUGACCUGAAGCAGUUCCUGAUCCUCAACGACUUUCCAUCGGUCAACGAGGCGAUCAGCCUGCAGAACCAGCAGCUGCGCUCACUGCAGGAGGAAUGCGACAAGAAGCUCACCUCACUCCGCGAUGAGAUCGCCAUCGACCUGUACGAGCUUGAGGAAGAAUAUUACUCCUCCAGGUACAAGUAGGCGCAUACUGUUCAGUUGUAGUUUGGUUGGUCUAGUCUAUGACACCCUAAAGCCCCACCAUAGCCCUUAUCCCUCACUGCCGUGCCUUAUGAAGGGUAGAAUGUACCCCACCAGCCCAGUCUUUGCCAUAAGUCCUUAAAUGUCUCUUCAUGUUCACUAGAAUAUCAAAAUGCCAGCUUCAAUAACAAAAUAGAUUGAUCUGUAGGCAAAGUUCAAUCGAAGUGCAUUUACCCUGAGGAAUCUCAUCUCAAUCGGUUUAAAAUGUUAUUUAAGUGCCUUGUUUUUAAUGCCUCUGGAAGUUUCUAUUCUUUUGUACAAUUGUAGGUCACUACAUGCUAAAUUAUAUAGUCAACCAAAAGUUUGGUUGCUAGUGUGAUCUGGUUGCUAUAUUCUUCCUCAGUUCUUUGUAAAAGGUUUAAAUGUAAGUGAUGGACUGAGAGAAAAUACACAGUUUAUGGGUAUCUAGCAAGCAUGCUUGGUUGCUUGACACUCAUAUCUGUGAACUUGUCAAUAGAUGUUGUGUUAUAGGAUGUGGAUGAGAUCCUUUAGGAACUAUUCAAUCAUGAAAUUGUAGCAACUCAGCAAAAGGCUCAGGAAGGAAAGGGAAAUAUAAGAAAAGUACAUGUUGCAAAUGCUUUUUAGCAACAUUUAUGGAAACUAAUGAAGAACAAAAAGAAAUAUAUUAUGAGAUUAUUUCUACACAAAAAAAAGUAAUCCAAAGGUGCAUAUACUUGUGACUGUUAAAAAAAGUUUAAGUAUUCGCCAAUUAAAAUGCUUGAUGUACUGUAAUGUGUUAAAAUGCUACAUUGUAUCUGGCCACAUCAGGUAACCUGGCAAAUGUUAGCCCUAUUCUAACAUCAGCAGACAGCAGUGAUGUUUUGCCUGUAACAAAAAUCUCAUACUUUUAUCAAAGAGCAAAACAUGAAUUCAAAACCAGUGGCAUUAAAAUCACUGAAAAGUUAAACUUGGCUAGCAGAGGGAUGCAUUUAACGUUGAAAAUGUUUAAUGUAUCCCAAUGUCAUUUUUAGGAAAUUACAUAAUAAUGUAAAUAAUCAUUACCACCUGAUGAUGUAAGCAUGGGACUGUCAUGUGCAUUGGUUUAUGAUCAUUCUCAAAUUCACAAGUAUGGCCCCAAGUGUUUUCAAUACAUUUGAUUGUUUUUUGUCUUUCUAACCCUAAAUAUUUUGUGGAUGUAUAGGUCCAUAAACCAAUAUGUAAUCACAACAGGCAUUUGUGUUAUUUAUUUUCUGUAGAAUGGUUUGACUGGAAAGUGCUAGAAGUGCUAGAACAUGUAAAUCUGUUUGAAUUCAAUCACUUUUUGACAACAACCCAUCCAUCAUACUGUGUCAAAAUAAUUUCUCUGCUGUUCAAGGGAAGAAAUUACAAGCACAGAAAGAGUGAAAAGGGACAGUGUAAAACAUGCUGAACCUUCAGAUGUUAUCACAAAGAUGCUUGGAGGUCCACGUCAGAGAAUUUUGACUUAAAUUGGGAAUACAUUGUUUUAAAUGAUCGUGUCAAUCCUCAGCAGAAGUCAAAGGAAUAUACAGUAGAUUAAACCCUUACCGAUUGUACUGGUGGCCAUCUUUGUGGUAAUAAUAAGAGGUUGCACUACCAUUAAAAUUGCAAUAUUUUGAUUCUAUUUCAACGGUUAAAAUGAAACCCAUGCAGUAAUCUAGAGCAUCUUCUGUGUCCACCACUGGCUGGCACAACAUAAAACCUCAUGAUGUCAGCUAGGCUCUCUGAGCAACAACACGUGAAUACAAUAAAAAGUGUUUGUCUUUUUAAUGUUAAAGGUGGGGGAAAAUUGAUUAAAGACAUUUGAAAAUAGUUUAAUAACACUUUAACUAUUUAAAUGAUAACAACCUGAACUGUCAUAUUGUGCCUUGAUUAAGAUAUGGAUUUCUAAUGGUUUGUCAGCAUGAAGCACCUUUUUGUCAUUCGAGCCUAAAGCUCACGUUGUGAAUAAUUGCCCACUGGGCAAGUUCAUAUGAAAGAUUUUGUUGAAAUCAAAGGGCAGUUGGGAAAAAGUGAUUGAAUUAAAAUGAAUUUAGCCAUGUCUCAAAUUGAAUCCAACGGUUCCAGAAGCUUUGCCUUGAACAGAAUCCAUUCUUUACUGAUUCCGUCCCUAGUUAGCCUACAGGUGACCUAGCCAGUGCAAGGUGUUCAUAAAGCAUGCCCUGUUACACACACAUCCACAAUGACACUAUGUAUGUAGUCUGUCAAUCAUCUGCAUAGAACCACUCUUUAUAAAUACUGAAAAAUAAACUAGAGACAAACAUUUUUA